AUGAGCAAUGCAGUUCAUCCAAGGAGAAAGGGAUUUAGAAUUAUAGAGCUUGUUGUAGUAAAGGAGUUUGAGGGCAAGAAGCUUGUCUCAGCCACCAAGGAAGGUCUCACGCUUGAUGAGAGUGAAGACGAGGCAAAGAAGAAGGAAGAGUUGAAGGAGAAGUUUGAGGGACUCUGCAAGGUUGUGAAGCAUGUUUUGGGUGACAUAGUGGAGAAGGUUGUGGUGUCUGACCGUGUGGUAGACUCUCCCUGCUGUUUGGUGACAGGCGAGUAUGGCUGGACUGCCAACAUGGAAAGAAUCAUGAAGGCUCAGGCCUUGAGGGAUAACAGCAUGGCUGGGUACAUGUCGAGCAAGAAGACCAUGGAGAUCAACCCAGAGAACCCCAUCAUGGAGGAGCUGAGAAAGAGGGCUGGUGCAGAAAGACAAUUUUUUAGAUGA